GAACCAUGAGGCGCAGAGCGCAGAGACCAAGACAGUGACGGCCCUUUGGCUCUUGUUUCUUCUUCCAGACGCGUAAUGUCCCAUUGAAAUCAUUAAGAAAACCAAUGACGCGUGAGGUUGACCCCAUGGAAGACCAGGAGCCAAGUCUCCCCACGAGCAUUAGGAUAUGAUGAUCCUGGAGAAGUGCCAGCCGCCGGAGUGGAAGGCAGAGAUGGAGGGGAACGGCAUGAGCACACACUCCAUGGGAGGCCUACUCACUGUGUGGAACGAGUGGGAAAUCCGCGUGCUUGUGCUCACCAGCCUUGCGCUGCAGGUGUUCCUCCUCUUCUCCGCCGGCAUCCGGAAGCGCAACGUCUCCGCCUUGCUCAGCGUGCUCCUCUGGCUCGCCUACCUACUCGCCGACUCCAUUGCCAUCUACGCGCUCGGGUACCUCUCCCAGACGCGCGUGCCCAGAGGCGGCAGUGACGAUGCACAGUCGUUCUUCAACCGCAACCACCGCAUCCAGGUCUUCUGGGCGCCGUUCCUGCUCCUUCACCUCGGUGGCCAGGACACCAUCACUGCCUUCUCCAUUGAAGACAACGAGCUCUGGAAGCGUCACCUGCUCAGCCUGUUGUCGCAGGUUGCCCUUGCUGUCUACGUCUUCUCCAAGUCUCGCCCUGGUGCCGAUAUCCUAUACCCGGCCAUGUUCAUGUUCCUGAGUGGCAUUCUUAAGUACGGCGAGAGGACAUGGGCGCUCAAGUGCGCCAGCAUGGACAACCUGCGGAGCGGCAUGGUCACGACGCCGGACCCGGGCCCCAAUUACGCCAAGUUCAUGGAGGAGUAUCGCUUCACACGUGAGGCGGGGCUCCAGGCGGAGAUCAUCAUCGAGCCAGAGCGACGCGCUGGUGUCACCGCCCCGGCAAUCACAGAGGAGACCGUGCCUUACGCCACGGUCAUCACCGAGGCGCGGUGCUUCUUCGUGACCUUCAAGCGCCUGUUCGUGAACCUCAUCCUCAGUUUCCAAGACCGUACCAUGAGCCAGGCCACGUUUCUGCGGCUGAUGCCGGAGCAGGCAUACAAGAUCAUCGAGAUCGAGCUGUCCCUCAUGUAUGACACCCUGCAUUCCAAGGCGGCGGUGAUACACACCUGGUAUGGCCGCCUGUUCCGCUGUGUCACACUCGUCUCCACGAUGACAGCGUGCGUCCUCUUCAAUGUGCCACACAAGGGUCGACGCGGGUCGUACGACGGCAUCGAUGUCCUCAUCACCAAUCUGUUAUUCGGAGGAGCACUUUGCUUGGAGGUUUCUGCCAUUGGUAUGAUGCUUGUAUCAUACUGGACAUACGCAGCUAUGCGAGGUUCCAUCUGCCAUUCGCUCAGCCAUCUGAUCCUCCGGUGUAUAAAGUAUUUCCGGCCAGAAAGCCGGGCGAAGUGGUCCAAUUUGAUGGCGCAGCACAAUCUCAUCAGCUUUUGCCUCCAGGACAAACCAACAUUGGUCACCAAGAUCCUGAGCCUGCUCGGACUCAAAGGGCACUUGGACAGUUGGCUGUACAUCUGGCACAUAGACGUGUCGCCCGAGCUGAAGAUCUCGGUGUUCAGGGAGCUGAAAGACAAGGCGCUCAGCAUCGUGGACACCGAGAGUUACCGCAAGUUCAGCAACCACAGGGGCCAGUGGGCGCUCCAGUGCAAGGGCUACUACAAGGAGCUCGGCUGGAGCGUCGAGGCAGAGUUCGACGAGAGCAUUCUUCUCUGGCACAUCGCCACGGACCUCUGCUUCUUCUCGGACGACGGCAACAACGACGACGCCAAGCUCACCGAGUAUGUCAGCAUCAGCAGGGCGGUGUCAAACUACAUGCUUUUCCUGCUCGUGGCUCGGCCGUUCAUGCUGACUGCGGGCAUCGGGCAGAUCCGGUUCGGGGACACAUGCGCGGAGGCCAAGAACUUCUUGGGGCGGGAGGCGACACGGCCGGAUGAGCGUGCCGCGGCAAGGAUGGUGCUGGAGGUGAACGCGGAGAUUGCGCCGAGGGACGUGAAGGGGGACAGGAGCAAGUCGGUGCUGUUCGACGCGUGCCGGCUGGCCAAGUCGCUGCUGGAGCUGCCGCCCGGCAAGAGGUGGCGGCUCAUUCGCGUGGUGUGGGUGGAGAUGCUCUGCUACGCCGCGAGCAAGUGCCGGAGCAACUUCCACGCCAAGCAGCUGAGCAACGGCGGCGAGCUGCUCACCGUCGUCUGGUUCUUGAUGACGCACCUGGGGAUGGGCGAGCAGUACCGGAUAGAGGCUGGACAUGCAAGAGCUAAACUAAUUGUGGAGAAGAACUGAGAUUGAGAAGAUCACCAAACGGUGGUGUACUCUGUAGUCUGUGCUACCUUCAAAAUUCUUAGGUAAUAUGUGCGCUUUCAAGGAACUUGAACUGAUCUGUCAGUUUGGUGAA